AUGGGUCGCUGGAAAAAUAGCAAAAAUUUGCCAAAUAAGGCAGAAAACAGGCCAGAGGAUUACAGUUUGCAACGUGAGGCCGGCCAAAGUCCCCUUAUACCGCCAGGCGGCCGGAAGUCUAAUCUGUACUCGGUGCACCUAGCGGGUAACCGUCUGACCACCGUGCCACGUCGGGCCCUACAGGACCUCCCUGUUCUCAGACAUCUCCAUCUCCAGCAGAACGGCAUCCGCGCCAUCUCGGAGGAUGACUUCACCGGGCUCCUGACGUUAACGCAGCUCGAUCUGAGUGAGAACCUCAUAGGUGAAGUAGACACCUCUGCCUUCACGCCGCUCUCCAGUCUGGAGGUUCUGAACCUGUCACUGAAUCCGCUGUCUCAACUACGUCACAGACCUGACCAAGGGUUGCCAUGGUUACGUCGGCUGUAUCUACAGAACACGGCGAUCACCGACGUCACGGCGGAGAUGUUGAAGGGAUUCUCCAACCUCACAGAUCUGGAGUUAGGGUCCUGUAGAAUCCAGUCUGUCGCCGCCGACGCCUUCUCCCCCACACCGGGGCUUGCCUACCUCGGGCUGAGGAACAACUCCAUCACGAACAUCGCGGCGGGAACAUUCGCGCCGCUUUCCAAGUUAGAAACUUUGCAUCUUGACAAUAACGGAUUAGUGGGAUUGGAUUCUGGUGCGUUUAGCCAGGGAAGCUCUCGUCUCAGGGAGCUCUAUCUGCAGAAUAAUGUCUUGGCUGCUGUGCCAGAUUUGGGACAGCCAGCUUCGUCACGUCUGCAGACUUUACGCCUGAGUAAGAACGUCAUCACAGAACUGUCGUCCGCGUCACUCUCAUCCUUGACAGACCUUGUCACGUUAGACAUCGCCGACAACAAGCUGUCCAGCAUCUCCCAGGGCGCCUUCGACCAGCUAACAAAUCUAAAGGGGCUGUAUCUGCAGAACAAUGAGUUGACAACAAUCACAGGAGGAAGUUUUGAACAACUCACAUCUCUGGAAGCCGUCAACGUUUCGGGCAACCCAUGGAGAUGUGACUGCAACAUCCGGGGUCUCCGUGAUGACAUCAAAACCAAGGUUAUCUGCGCCAGUCCUGCCAACCUCCGCGGACGCUCAUUGGACCAGGUAACGCCAGAGGAUCUGGGUUGUGACCAAUCUCCGGACGCCACGUCACCGACAGGUCCGAGGUCAACGACCUGCCGGGCAACCUUCACGAUGAUCCUUCUAGUUGGGGCCAUGCUUACCCAUGUAAUGUUUCUAGAUCUGUUCUGUAUUUAGCAAAGCAUUUUGAAGGUUAUUUUAAACUCAAGAAAGAUCAAGAAAUAGCCAUGCCUUCAAGUACCAGAAUUAUCAACCUAGGAUUGAUGAACUUUGUAUUUUCAUAGAGGUACGUAUCGUGUAGUGCAAGCCUUUGCCUCCAAGUACAGUAGGGGCAUCCUCAUUAGAUAGCUUUAGACGACCCUUACAGUUAGAUGUGCAAAGGUUAGGUGUGACAAGUCGUUCAGUGCAAUGUAACUAGCUGGUGUGUUUGGUAGGAGAUACAUCCAGCAUUUUGUGAUGUCAUUUGUGCCUUUCCUUUAUAUAGAUAUAGUACCUACUUUUAUUUUGAUAUAGUACCAUUGAUUAUAAUUAGGUUGAAGACUAUUUGAGAAGAGUAGAUAAAUGUAGAGUGGAAGUCGUUGCCACAAUGUACGGUAAAAUGCAUCUCUGUUGGAGUUGACUUGCUUUCUUUAAUUUUCUUAUUUGAACUCUGUGCUAAUUAAUGACAGAAUGAAGCUUAGGACCAAUGAACAUGUCUUUGUCUUUAUGUGAAACCAGUGUUGUCAUGACAGCAGGAAUUAAAGAGCAUGGUGUGUGCAUAAUUUAAGUUAGAAUAGAAGAGAUGUUUUUGUAUGGCCCAACAUCAUUGAACAGGCUGUUCAUUUCGAUAAUGUCUAAUACGCAAAAGAAUAUACAUUUCUUCAACAGAACAUGUCACUCUGAAUAUCGACAAGAUUCGGCGUUGAUAUCACACAAUCAGAACCAAUGUACUGGAAACAUAUGUUAACUUUCAAUCUAUUUUAUACAACCCAUACAGUACACAAUGUAGACAGUACCUCGAGGACAUGACGAUCUAGUAACUAAGGACAUCAUAGUGGUAACUCUCUUUCAAAAUAUUCACUUACUAACGCGCCAAUUCACUACUACAUUACAAACAAAAACCAUGAUUUCAUGCAGCAUAUCACACAAUUAAAUAAAACAAGCUAUCAACGGUCGUCAGUAUACAUUAACUUCAUACAUUUGCAGAAAGAUCAUUUGAAUUUACAUAACAUUUACGUAAUUUACGUUUUAUCUAUAUACAUUCUUUUAUCUACAUAUUGUAACAUUCAUUGAGGGUAUUUACAUGUAUAUCAAUACUGCCAAAGUCAAUAAUCAAAUUUGUAACUGAAACGCAAAUUGAACAUUUUAAAUAUUUUUGUCCCUUUACGUCUUCGAGCUAAUGUGUGAAUCUAAAAGUCUUCAGCACAACAAAUUGUGAGAAGAAAUUCUGGUUUACGUAUAAUU